GGCAUUGAGAGUUGAGAAUCAAUUUAACAUUUUAAGUUACAAGUUCCACCAAAAAUACUUUGUGAAUAAUAUGGAUGGAGAACAGUUGGCCCCGCAGAAAGCGAUCAUGCCCAACUUCUUGGAUUUUCCAGUGGAAUUAAUAAUAGCCGUACUGGACUAUCUUCCUGUCAGGGAUUUGAAUCGAAUGUGUGAAACCUGUAGACGCAUGAGGGAGGUCUGCAGUCGGCUUCUUAUCUGGAGGAGACUAGGAAAGAGCUAUGUACACUUUGAGAAUUCUUCAGGUCGAGAAGUGAUCACAAAUAUGGAAAGUUUAUCGUUAAGGGAGAAAUGCAGAAUCGCACACAAUUGGAGCUCAGGAUUUCAUACAGAACAUAUUUAUAUAAGAUUUAAAACUGGCUUGUUGCCAUGGUUACAGCUGACUACUGAUCAUCUCUACAUUAGUAAUAUGAAUAAGAUCAGCCGAUACAAGGUACAAUCAGGAGGCAGAUUACGCUCCUUACAAAGCAGCAAGAAAGAAAUCAAGUACACUGGUCAUUCUCAAGAUGUCAAUAAAUUUGUGGUUAAGGAGAAUAAUGUUGUCAGUGGAGGAAGUGAUGGUCGAGCAAUUGUGUGGGACAAGGCAAGUGGAAGAACAAUACAAGCCCUGCAGUCUGAUCUGGGCAGCCUAGUUAGCAUUGAUGCUACCAGGGAGAUCAUUGUUGCUGGUACCAAUGGUGGAGGGGUGCAGAUGUGGCGCCAAUCAGAUGGUAGAGGGGUGCGCAAUGUACCCAUGAAAGACCGGGUGUGGUCUCUCAUAGUAGAUCCUACACAAAGGUUAUUUGCCACAGGCACAUCAGGAAACACUGACUAUACAUCACUCAAAGUGUGGGACAUUGCAACGAGUGAGAACACACCUAUGUUAGUAUGUGGAGAAAACAAGAGGCAAGGGGAAGGUAUUCUGGAUCUCAUUUUCGAGUCUUCUAAUGUGCUCCUAUCCGCUGGAUAUGAUACUUUUGUCAGACAAUGGGAUAUACGUACUCCAAGAUUGCCAGUAAUGGAGUUUGAAGAACCCAGUGACAAUGCAGUCUAUUGUAUCUCAUCUGAUAAUAAUUACUUUAUAGCUGCUGGAUACUGUCGUCAUGGUAUUGUUAGAUUCUGGGAUAAACGCAGGAGUGACAUAUGUGUCCAAACAAUAUAUGUAGGAGGGAACGUCAAGUCACCUGUGUAUAGUCUUCAGUUCAACAAACAUUGUCUCUAUGCAGCUUUAUCUCAUGCAGUCUAUGUGCUUGACUUUGGUGCUUACAAACCAGAACAUGAGAACUAUACCAGCCCACUUGAACCUUUAACAUUGCUAUCACAGUAUUGAGAGAUUACCAAGAGAAAAUGUUCAGAGCAGUUGCGGGACCUGUGUGAUUUAGGUGUCACAGAAUUGCAUAUAUACCUGGUCAUCAUACUUGAGAGCUACAGUGACUACAUACUUUGCAAGAGGACUGUACCAGGCCAUAGACUGACUGGGGACCUGUGUAAUCUUGAUGGUCAUCAUACUUUGGUCUUGCUUGACUGUGGUGCCUACAGUACAACUCAAAGGCAGGACAAUGCUGAGAGAUUAUCAAAAGAAACUUUUCAGAGCAGGGAAAUAUGCCAUCUGGGGACCUGUGUAAUAUUGGUGUCACAGGAGUGAUUUAAGUGGAUAUUCAGCUAUUUAUCACCCGAGAUAUAUUUGACGCUGAUGUGUACGUGUCAAAACUAUUAUCAUGACAAUGCAGAGAGAUUACCAAAAGAAACUGUUCAGAGCAGAGAGCUAUAAACUGUUGAGGGUCAUGUGUAAUACUGUUUUCUUAGAAUAGAAGUACUACCUUACUGCAUAUUUACCUGGUUAUCACACUUAAUAGUGCUAGGCUUUACUGCUUACAAAUCAAGGCAUGUAUUUCUGAAAUGGUGGUCCAUCAUUGUGACAAUAUUUAGGGAUCAUG